AUGGGUAAUUGUGCAUCACCUCAAUAUGCAAAAAAGAGUGCUCUCUCUCUCGCUCUAAACUGGAAAUCCACAGCCAAAAUAGUUCACAUAGAUGGAAGUUUGCAAGAAUUCAAGCAACCCAUCAAAGCCAAUCUCAUUCUCUCCCAGUAUUCCAACUUCUUUCUCUGCAGCUCUGAGUCUAUGUAUGUUAACUGUCGUCUGCCUCAGGUGGCAGAUGAUGAGGAACUCCAACUGGGUCAGAUUUAUUUCCUCAUGCCUCUCUCUAAAUCCCAUGCACCACUUUCUUUGCAAGAGUUAUGUGCACUGGCUAUUAAGGCUAGCUCAGCACUCCCUCAACCUGACACUGGCUAUCCCUCAUCAAAAACAUUGCCGUAUUUGCGUGGAAAUGGUCAGAGAUUUUGUAAAAUAUCGAUUGGUUUUGAUAUCGUCGGUGCGAAUUUCCGGCAGAGCGGGGCAGCCGGCUAA